UUCCAUCAGUCAUCUUUGGUAACUAAAGCAGCAUCUACAGCUUCAUUAUGAAAUUCUUUGUGUGCUUCGCCCUUUUCGCCAUCGUCGCCUCCGCCUUGGCCACACCCACUGGCAGCAGCAGUGGCAGCAAUGUUGGCGCCGCUGCAGCCCAGGAAUCUGAUGUUGAGGGUGCCAACGGCCAGGGCUAUGGGGAUCUGACCCGCCUACGCAAGUCGGCUUAUGGCGGCAGCUCCGGCGGCUAUGGCGCCUCCAGUGUGCCAGCUCCUCCCUGCCCCAAGAACUACCUGUUCAGCUGCCAGCCCAAUCUGGCGCCAGUGCCAUGCAGCGCUCCAGCUCCCAGCUACGGAUCUGCCGGUGCCUACUCCUCGCCCGUGGCCAGCUAUGUUGCCCCUAACUAUGGCGUGCCCCAGCAUCAGCAGAACCUCUUCGGCGCUGCCUACUUGCCCCAGGCCUACGGCUACCAAUACUAGAAGAUCAACGCAUCUGAGGACUUGAAUCUGACACGGCUUCCCAAGCUGCCGAGAAACCAAAAUCUUAGCCAUGCUUAAAGAAAAUGUUUAAAAAAAAAUGUGCUUCAAUUAAAUUGAUAAACAAUCGUAAAA